AUGAAUGCAGAAGAUGAUCACGACCGGUCAUCGUCGACACCGAAUGGCACCUCCAAACAAGGGUCCACCCAGGACAAGGAUAAGCCUCGUCUGACCGACCAAGAAAAGAAGAGCAACCACAUUGCCUCGGAGCAAAAGCGACGGGCCGCCAUUCGCGAGGGCUUCGAUCGCCUGACAGAACUGGUGCCCGGGUUGGAAGGCCAGGGCCGCAGUGAAAGCAUCGUGCUGCAGAAGACGGUGGACUUCAUCCACGUGAAGCUUCAAGAACGCCACGAUCUCAUCGCAGAGAUCGAAAGCAAAGGGGGCCGCGUGGAUGACUCCUACCGUCCAACAUGA